CGGUCGACGUGAAGACCUGGUUGCCUAGCCUAGGCCCGUCUCCUUCCUGAGGCGCCGACGUCUCCCGCGGGCCGGCCCGUCGCCGUCACCCCCUCUCGCGGCCUGCUGACCCGCCGGCGACGCGCUUCCUCGGCCCGCCCUAAAAUGGCGGCUGAGGUGGACUUCGGCGACCCCGACCUCUUCGAGCAGUUGGACGCGGACGAGGCGGCGGGGGCCGCGCAGCCGCUUCACAUCCGCUUCGACCAGGAGACGGAGGAGCUGCGCGAGCGGCUGCGGGAGUGCCAGGAGAGCGUGAGGGAGCUGCAGGCCGAGAAUCAUGAACUCAGAAGAAAACUGAAAAUACUGACACGACCAAGCGGACUAAUAUUGAAUGACUCUAAACAUGAUGGCCCUUUGUUACAGAUUUUAUUCAUGAACAAUAAUAUUUCAAAGCAAUAUCAUCAAGAAAUAGAGGAUUUUGUAUCUAGUUUAGUUCAGAGAUAUGAGGAACAACAGAGAGCUGAAGUUGACAAGACAUACUUCAAUGUUAAGCCACAGCCCUCCAGUUUUGUGCUGGAAGAGGACUGUAAAGUGACAAACCCAAAUCCAGCCAAAAGAACAAAAGAAGCUUUUAGCGUUAUAGGGAGUGUGUUCUAUUUUACCAAUUUUUGUCUUGAUAAACUGGGGCAACCUAUAUUAAAUGAAAAUCCUCAGCUCACAGACGGAUGGGAAGUACCCAAAUACCAGCAAGUUUUCACACAGAUUCUGUCUCUAGAUGGACAAGAGAUACAAGUAAAGCCUAAAAGGCCAAAACCUCACUGCUUCAACUGCGGAUGUGAAGACCAUCAAAUGAAAGACUGUCCGCAGCCACGAAAUGCUGCCCGUAUAAAUGAAAAAAGGAAACAGUUCAUGGAGGCUUGCGGGGAAGCCAGCAACCAAAACUUCCAGCAGCGGUAUCAUGCCGAAGAAAUCGAAGAAAGGUUUGGAAGAUUCAAACCGGGAAUAAUUAGUGAGGAACUUCAGGAUGCGCUUGGCGUUACAGACAAAACUCUUCCUCCCUUCAUAUAUCGAAUGCGGGAAUUGGGUUACCCCCCAGGUUGGCUCAAAGAGGCUGAAAUGGAAAAAUCUGGGCUAACUCUCUACGAUGGUAAAGCAUCUCCUGGUGGUGAAGUUUCUGAGGAAGAAUCCUACCAACAGAAUCGCUGUGUCUCUUAUGAUAUCUCCAAGCUGGUAAACUACCCAGGUUUUAAUAUAUCCUCACCAAGCGGAGUCACAGAUGAAUGGAGGAUGUUUGGCUCUAUACCCAUGCAACCAUCUCAGCAGAAAGAUAUCUUUGCCCACUAUCUUUCUACCUAUCGUUCGGGAAAUUCAAAGUCCAGCAGUAAAAGACCUUCGCCUAACCAGAGCACCCAUAAUCCAAAAAGGCAGAAGAGGAACAAUGCUGACGUGCCAUCAGCUGACAUGGAGUUAGAUUCUGAUUUAGAAAUGCUGCCGGGUUCUCCAGGUUAUGGCAGCUUCCAGUUCCAGCCUCCACUGCCUCCUGGGUCUCCACUGAAUGCAACCCCUCCCCCUCUGCCCCGAGGUACCCCUCCCUGCACUCCCCCCAACUUUACCCCUCCUCGGCCACCACCACCUCUUCCCCAAGAUACUUUGAAUACUGUCAACAGUUCUGCUUCAGUGACAAUAGAGAAUGAAGAUACAUUGACCCUGGAAGAGCUCGAGGAGCAGCAGCGCCUGAUUUGGGCAGCCCUUGAGCAGGCAGAUAGUGCAAAUAGUGACUCUGAAAUCCCCACAGGAACCCCUUUAACAGGAAACUCCGUUGCAUCAUCCCCACUUAGAAUUGACUCAGAUAUCCUUCCAGAAAGUGCAGAAUGGAAGACAUUGGAUGAAUUAGAUCCUGGAUCUCCUGAUGUUAGUGACCAUAUACCCAAAGCAGAACAGCCUGAAGAAAAACAGAGUUCAACUGAAGAAAUGGUUGACUUAACAGGAGAAGAACCCCCUGACCAAACGGAUUCUGAAGAAGGCGUAGCUGAGAGCUGCCCCUCCAUCUCUGUGUGUGAAGUCAGCCAAGGGGUGGAUUCUGGCAGCUCCCCCAUGGUCACCAGUAUUGACGGAUCUUCUAAAAAUGCUAGCCCAGUCCCCGACAUGAGCAAAUUUGCUGCAGGGAUAACCCCUUUUGAAUUUGAAAAUAUGGCUGAAUCAACUGGGGUUUACCUCCGAAUAAGAAGCGUGUUAAAGAACUCUCCCAGGAACCAGCAGAAGAACAAGAAGGCUUCCUCUUAAUUGUCCUACUGUUGCAGUAGAGUUGUACAGGAAAGAAAUCAAGUCUGUCCAUUAACUUGAGAAGCUCCUCUGUAUUUUCUUACAGACACCUGAGAACACUAUUGCUUUGUUCUUCCGUAAACGGUUUUUCACAGUCCAGCAUACAGGGCUUCCGCUGAAGACAAAAGUUUCCACCUAUAGACGAAAGAGUUACCAAGUGUUGCAUUCACUGGUGUGUCAGGAAAUGUGCCCCAAAUAUCUGUUGACCUUAAUGCUUUCUUUGGACUUGUGAGCUUCAGCAUCAACUGUGGUUUUUUUGUCUGUGCUGUACAAAUUAAGGCUGCGCUUUCCAUGUCAAGCGGCUCAUCCUGUAGAUAAGCUUUACUGCCAGUGGUUUUGAAAAAAAAGUUCUAAACUUUUAAAGAUGCUUUCCCCCAUUUUAAAAUAAGCGAGAAAUUCUGGCAAUCGAAUGGGAAUAAUCAGGGAUUACUUGGCAAUUAUCUUUACCAUUUUUGAAGAGUUUUAUAAAUAACUUAUGCUGGUCAAAUUUUUUUUAAGUGACACUUCUGCAUUUUUGUAACAUCGUCAGAUAUUUUGAACUUGCUGUACAUUUAUGUUGGUGCCAGAGUACAGAAGUUUAAUAAACAAGAUUUUUCAUAA